AUGGCCGUCAUACCAGACCCCUCCCUGAUUCCCAAUCCGCUCAGACCCUUUGACACACCCCGCCUCGCCUUGCGCGCGGUCCAACAACCGGAAGAUCUCGCCCUCUUCACCGCAAUGGGUGACGACCAUACAGGCUUCAUGAACAGCAGCUUCAAUAACACCUCGCUUCAGUCCCUCAGCGGCACGAAAAAAUUCUUGAAGUUCCUCGCCGAAGAUACGCUGCUCGCGAUUGGGGAGAUCCAUUUGAGCAAGCUGCCGGCGAACGCUAUACAUCACAGGUCGACGGAGAUUGGAAUUGACAUCCUGCCAUGGUUCCAAGGCAAAGGGUAUGGGCGUGAGGCCAUCGAGUGGGCGCUGUACUAUGCGUUUCGCCGUGCGGGGCUGCAUAGAGUGAAGAUCACGGCUUUCGAAUGGAACACAGGUGCGCUGAGAUUUUAUGAGAAAGUGGGGUUCAAGGUCGAGGGGAGGGAGAGGGAGGCGCUCUGGCACGAAGGACGGUUCUGGGAUCAGGUCGUGUUGGGCAUGUUGGAGGGAGAGUGGCGGGCGAUGCAAAUGGAGAAGCAUAAGGAGGGCAGUCUGGCUUGCCUCAUGUAA